AUGCACAUCGCUAUUCUAUUACUCUCCGCCUUCGUGGGGCUGGUUGCCUCAGUAGACUCUUCCUUCGCGAAUUUCGAUGCUGCGGUAGACAUUUCUGUUUCGACACCCCCAAACUCGACAGGUCCCUGGAUAGACUUUGGUACUCGUGGGACGGCCACCAUGACACAUUAUGAAAUACCGGAUGGCUAUAUCGCGUCCUGUGGUUGCACUGGGGCUAGUACAAAACACCCCACCGCCGCGAUGUCGCAAAUGGCGUAUGGUUCCAGCAAUGCUUUCGGCAAGGCUUGCGGGUACUGCUUCAAUCUUACACUGUUAAACUCAUAUACGGGAACUCCACCGUUCUUUCCCAAUGUUGUGAAAAGCAUCGUGGUCAAGGUGACCGACUUAUGUCCGCUUUCGACGUAUGGCUGGUGUGCUGGGACCGCAGAAAAGAAGAAUCCUGGGGGUCAAAAUAUAAACUUUGAUCUGGCGUACCCGAGCUCCAGCAUACCUGCCGACUUUUUCCCUUCCAACGAGUCAUACUAUGGGUAUAAAGACUUUGGUGUCUGGAAUAUCACCUAUGAGGUCGUUUCUUGCUCCCAUUGGGCAGGCUGGAAAGAUGCUGCCGCACUCGGUAGUGUGACCAAUUUAGGAACCAGCGUAUGCUGUCCAGCAAACCCCACGGGUGGCUCCAAUGAUACCUGCCCAUCUUUCUCGGAUGCUAAUGGGAUACCACCCGACACCUCGACGACAGUAGCUUCUGCUUACCGCCUGCUGAUGCCCUCUCUGACCUUACUAACUCUCAUUUUUGGGCCGCCAUCCGAGCCCCUCACUGUUGAAUCAUUUGCAACCCUUCGUCCUUCAACACUAGAGCUUUCUCCACUACCCUCAGAGAUAGCAGAGCAAUGCAAUGUCUCUGACAUCCGUGACUCGCUGAAUGCCAUUUGGGACGAUGUUGAGCUCAUGACACACCUUGUCAACUCGCACGACUCGCUUGUCUCUGCUUUUCAUAGUCAAUCGUCCAAAGGAAAGCGCGUUGGCAAGAAACGGCCUGCAGCUGCACCAGAGGCGACUGUCGACGACACUGCUGUCGCUAAACUUCAAGCGGAGCUUGAUAAAAUUCCACUGGAAAGUUGGAAAUUGCAGUCAACUUCAACGAUUUUCAUCCGGCCUGUCCGCACAACGGACCAAAACAUCUUGUUCAACAACAAACCGACUAGAACUGAGGACGGGAAACUGGGAGACAACGAGCAACAAGCUGUCCUGACUGUUACUGUCCACAAUCGACUCAGCUGGCGGCAGUCUCAGGUAGCACGGUCUACGCGACAUCUAAUACUCUCGUCGCAAACCCUGGGUGACUUGUUUGACGCAAUCCAUUGCCCUUCAACAGAACUGCGGGAAGAAAUUCUCGAGGAUGAUCGGGUUGUUGGCUAUAAGAGCGAUGGGCCCCCAACACGUCCUGGAUGUGUGGUAUGUGUCGAAGGCAUGGCGUAUGGAGACGGUGAAAGCGAAACUGAUUAUGCAGACAAACUCAUCCAGCAUCUUCAAGCUGUGCAGAAAGAGACUACCGUGUCAGUGAAAAAAGCACCCACCGCAAUGCAUGACACACCUCUCAGCUCACUGGUCCUUCGUAUCGGGGAGCCCUACUGGCUUCUUCACCACGGAAACUGCGAGCAUGUAAUUGUGGUUGAACAAAUCAGGCUACAACACCCGUCGGACGUGCAGUCUGGGUACCCGAUAACCACACAAAUAACUUUCCCUUCAAUCGACAACUGCCGGGCUUGCAACAAGUUCCCGGCGGUGUGGUCUAUUGUAGACGACGAGAGACUGGGAGAGAGCCCGUGUUUUCUAUCCAUGGCGCUCUCUUCCGAGCUCAUCGAGUCGCUAGAAGAGUCUACUGACAUCGUCUCAUGGAUUAACGACACCCUUCCCCCAUCCGACUCACCUCUUCUUACCGACCUUGAGCAACAGCUCAACCAGCUUAUCUCAACACUGGACCUUGCGGCAGAAGACACUUCGUUGGAGUUAGAGCGCACAAUCGACGAGGUGUCUCGAGGAGUACCAAGACUUACCUACGACCUUCAUUUCAUGAAGGAUGGCGCGCUUUCACUCCAGUCCGUCCUCGCACAUGUAACGCUGCGCUCACGAGAGGCCGUUCCAGAAUCGACCAAGGCAGCGCUCGACAGGUUACAAAUGCUGGACCUGGUCAAAACGCGGAUGGAAGCCGCGCGGGAUGUCUUGCGAGAAGCUGAGAGUUGGAGUACUUUGGAACUGGAAGUCACGUCGCUGUUGACCGAGAAAAGUUAUGCCAAGGCCGCUGAAAGACUCUCCGAAGCCAACAAGAGUAUGGCUGUCUUCCAAAACACGCCAGAAUAUGAUCCACGGAAAACGCUCAUGGUCAACCUUCAAAAUCAGCUUGAGGCCGCACUUAGCUCAGCUCUUGUCGCUGCGAUAAAUAUCCAUGACCUUGCAGCGUGUCGCAACUACUUUUCCAUCUUUACCAACAUCCAACGCGAAUCCGAGUUUCGCAACUAUUAUUUUGGUUCAAGACGCGCCAAGGUUGUGCAACAGUGGCAGGAGACACAAGUCAGCGACUGCGAUAUCCCUCCAGAAAGUAAUUCCCCAACUUUGGCUCAAUUUAUGCCAAAGUUCUACGCGAAUUUCCUUGCCCUCCUCAACGUCGAGCGAACGUCCAUCCCAUCCAUCUUCCCUGACCCAGCACCUACCUUGUCAAACAUGAUUAACUCUGUGCUCUCCACCCUACAGCCAACAUUCUCGCAACGCUUAGCCUCGAUCUCAGAGCACUACGGUGAUUCUGCACUCAAAGAGCUCAUCACAGUGUUCCGUUCGACAGAGGAAUUCGCCGCCGGUGUUGACCAUGUCAUGGAGAAGAUCCGGUACUCGAAUGUUCUGUCUCCAAUGGAAAGCCCCAGUCCCGAGAAUCCUAUGGUUCAUAGAAGACGCUCUUCCCGGCUGUCCAUGUCCUGGCGAACUGCACCGUCCCGGUCUACUUCAAGUGGCCUAAUUGCGUCCAAGUCAACACUUAGUAUUGCUGAUGAGUUAGAAUGGGAGCAGGAGUUAUUCCAGCCAUUCCUUGAUUUCCAAGUCGAUUACAGCACGUUGGAGCGACGAUUGUUGGACCAUGCUCUCCGCGAAAUCAUCUCCAGCGAUACACGGGAAACUAUUGCUGAUGUGGACCGAGCAAGGCUGUUAAGAGAGCGAACAGUCGAUGUGUUCAGCGUAACAGAAGAAAGUGUAUCACGUUGUUUGGCCUUUACCCACGGAUAUGGCGCAGUCGGGCUUGUGCGAGCUUUGGAUGGGUUUUUCCAGUCAUUCAUUGACAUGUGGACCGCCGAAGUCCGUGCUGGCUCUGGUUCGUCGUCAGGUUUCCAACACUCAACGGAAAUGGCCGAUUUGGACUACUCCGCGAAAGACUGGGCGGAUAUUCAGCUGCUGUUGCAUCUCUUGUCGUCAGCACGGGCUAUGUUUGACCGUCUGAUGGCCUUCGAGACCAAAUUGCGUGCGAGUCUUGUUCAGAUCGCAACUACAUUCCGACUGGCUAGAAAUGAUCCAACCAACUUUGUCAUCGCCAAUUCCAAGGGUGAAAGUCAGCUUCUAGAACAAUCAACCCUCAAUUCGGCGGAGCUUCAUGCCUUGCUGGAGCGUGUCGACCCCGAGUCGGCACAUCUCAGGGCAAAUCCAUCGCCAAUGCCAUCGCCGCCGUUACUUAAUGGGACGCGGGAGGGUGUUUAUUCGUUUGCGAAGGCUUGUCAAUUGUCUCUUCAAGAGGCUAUUCUGUCUCCUCUGCGAAUGCAUCUGGCUCCAUACGCGUCACUACCUAUCUGGGCAACACCUGGGGAUCCAAAAGCAAAACGGUCUGGCGGAGCCAACGAGUUACAUGUCCCUACCUUUUCGCUAUCGCCGAGCGAGACAAUUCGUCAAGUCUGCGACCGAUUGCUGGAUUUGCCUCGUCUCUUCGACAACUACGCUGAUGACGAUGCACUCUCGUUUUCGCUCCACACAUUGCCCCAUCUUGACCCUGAAAUUCUUGCCACGCUUUCUGAACUGGCGGUGCAUGUAGACGUUCAUUCGUCACCCGGUCAUCGGCGAAGACAAUCGCUUGCUGCAAACCCCAAACCACCAGCGCCACUUGAUCCGGAGGUGGUUUCUUCUGCCUGGCUGUCGUCGCUUGGACAUAGCCUGCUCAGACAUUUCACUACAACAGUGUUACCCGCAAUCUCCACACUUUCGGCUUCUGGUACCGCCCAAUUAGCAUCUGACUUGGGUUAUCUUUCUACGAUAGUGCGGGCAUUGAACGUGGAAUACGAGGAUUUGGAGAGAUGGAAAGAGUAUUCGGAGCUGGAUGACGAGGAGGGUAAGCGAAGGAAGGCCGAAGGUGCUGGUGGGGAUAGCGUGUUAGAUACAAUCUCGCGUAUGAGAGGAUGGUAG